AUGGACCGCGCCAGUCAAGUCCUCGUAGAUGGUCCCCCUGAAUCUCAACCUUGCACAUACCGUGCCCUAUCGGAACAUGGUAAAGCGAGGAGCCAACAGUACCUAACUCCGGCGGAAGAGAAAGCUUUCGCUCAGUACUUGAAAAGGUCGGCCGAUCUAGGUUACCCUAUUCCAAUCAAGCAUGUCCGGUCGCUUGCGUUUUGCAUCGCAAGUCGACGUUCUACGUCAAAAGCAGCGACAAAGCCCCCGAACAAGAAUUGGCCAAAAGGCUUUGAGAUACGCAACCCAGUGCUCAAGGCAAGAAAGGUCAAGGCCGUAGAUUGGAAUCGCCAUGAUAACAACAUAUAUGAUAAGGUCACACACUGGUUUGAGG